CUACAAACAAACUAAACCCCAAAAUCCUAAUCUCUUCUAUUUCGCCCGCCUCGGAAAAAUUGGUGUCCGCGCGAAGAGAGUAGUGGCGGCCAAAUAGUCAAAAUCCCCUCUUUCUUCCUCUACCCUCUGACCGAUGGAAAGUUCUCGCGCUUGCGAGCGCUGCAGGAAGAGGACGCUAGUCCCUGAUGUUGAAACAGGUAAUAUGGUAUGCACGUCGUGCGGAAUCAUCCAACAAUUCGAUAAUUUUCAAGAACCUACUGGCGGCAUUACCGGCAUUACUGGCACCUACAUUCGCCUUGGAACCUCCGGCACCGGCACUGUCCAUGAUUACAAGGAAACUAAAAUCUAUCAUGCUCAAAACUUGAUUGACGAUUUUAUGUUCAAGUUGGAUUUUUCAGCCCAGAAAUCGCAAGAGGUUAGGCUUUUGAUUGAGAAGGUCACUGAUGGAGAAUACGGCCAAGGGGAUUGGUUUUCUGUUCUGAUUGGGGCAUGUUCUUAUAUUGUGAUGAGAAAGGAUCAGAAGAUGAUGCCCAUUGUUGAAGUGGCUGAUACAGUUGGUUGCGAUGUGUAUGAGUUAGGGCGGAUGAUUGGCCGGGUGGUUGAAUUUGUUGAUUUGAAGUUGCCUGAGUUUGAUAUUGUGAAUGCUUUUGAGCGAGCAAUGACGAGCAUCCCUAGUUUUACUCAUGUGGCGGCGGAUUUGGUUAAGAGGAUGCUGCAGCAAGGGGUGUUUUUGGUGCAGUGUUUGAUCAAGUGGUUUGUUACGACGGGAAGGAGACCAAUGCCAGUGGUGGCUGCAGUCUUGGUUUUUGUUGCACAAUUGAAUCAAGUAGAUAGUGUGAAGAUCGAAGAUGUGGCAAUGGAGUUGCACGUGACAAUAAGCACCUGCAGGCUAAGGUACAAAGAGCUUCUAGAGAGGCUUGUCGAGGUCGCACAGGUGCUGCCUUGGGGGAAGGAUGUGACGGUGAAGAAUAUUUUGAGGAACGCCCCAUCUGUGAUGCAAUACAUGGAGAUGAAAUCAUUCAGUCGAGGGGGAAAACAACGUUUCAGCUGUGAUGUGGAAGAGAUUGUGGGAGACUGCUUGAGUAAAGACAUUGGAUAUGGAUAUGAUACCUUCAAUAUGGAAGAAGAUUGCAGCAGCAGCUCUAAAUAUUUUGAGCCGAACUGUUUGCCUAGUGAUUGUCCUGAUAAAUUUCAAAUUUCUCAUGAGUGUUUGACAUUGAUUUAUUCAAAUUACUUGGAGGGGAUUUCUGGCAUUGAUGUAGUGAAUCCAAGGAAAAGGCAAAAAGGAACGUUUGAUCUUCACGGAUAUUCAGAGUGGUGGAGUGGGAAAUCGGAGAUGAGCAAGAAAAUGAUUCUGAAGGAUAUAUUGGAGAAGGAUGUGGGAUUGGAUGUUCGGCCGCCAUCUUUCAAUAGAGCGUGCUUGGCUUUGGCUGAGAGGCAAGAAAAGAUCAAGGCUGCAAAGCUGCGCAUAUGGAGGAUUAUGCGUCCUAAAAGUGGUGGGGGCAAUGAUCUUAUUACUGUAUUCGAGCCAGAGAAAGCGAGGAAAAAGACAAGGAAAAGAAAAUGUGGUGUGGAGAUUGAGUGGGAAGAUCUGAUAAUUGAAACUCUGCUCCUUCAUAACGUCAAGGAAGAGGAGAUAGAAAAAGGACAUUACAAUGCUCUGUUAGACUUGCACGUGUUUGCUCAUGUUAAUGAAUGAUGAAGCCUCCGUAAAGAUUUAUGGUUCUCGUCACCUAAACCAAAAUAGUCCAUUCUGCAUAACAAAUGCAUAAAGUUUUGUGAAACACCAAUUUUUUGCAUAUAAAUAGCUCCUCAAUGGAAGGGCAUUGUCUGUUGGAUAUUGGUUUAGGAGGGUUAUACUGUUGGGCCUUAGUAGAGGAUUUCUUCUCUUA